UGUCUCUUGGUGUUUUCAGGUCUCUAUGUGACAUAUUAGAAUCAAAAUAUGGUUUACAUCCCACUCUUAAUGUUAGCAUUGAAGAGAGUGUGGCAAUGUUUUUGCGAAUUUGUGGGCACAAUGAAGUUCAAAGAGAUGUUGGAUUACGAUUUGGACGGACACAAGAGACAGUGAAUAGGAAAUUUUUUGAAGUUCUUAGGGCGGCAGAGUUACUUGCUUGUGAUUAAGUUAAGACUCCAACAAGACGAGAACUACUUCGAAUUCCUGAAAGGCUUCAAAUGGACAGAAGAUAUUGGCCAUAUUUUAGUGGAUUUGUGGGAGCUGUGGAUGGAGUUCAUGUAUGUGUUAAAGUGAAGCCUGAACUACAAGGAAUGUACUGGAAUCGACAUGAUAGGACAUCAUUUAACAUCAUGGCGAUAUGUGAUCUCAAUAUGUUGUUUACAUAUGUUUGGAAUGGAGCACCCGGAUCAUGUCACGAUACAGCAGUUCUCACGAUGGCACAAGACGGUGAUUCUGACUUUCCUUUGCCUCCAGGAGACAAGUAUUAUGUAGCUGAUUCUGGGUAUCCAAAUAAGCAAGGUUUUUUGGCUCCAUAUAGAUCUUCUCGGAAUGGGGUUAUUAGGUAUCACAUGUCUCAUUUCAACAAUGGUCCUCCUCCUAAGAAUAAAGAAGAACUGUUUAAUCGAUGUCAUGCAUCUCUACGUUCCGUUAUUGAAAGGACAUUUGGAGUUUGGAAGAAGAAAUGGAGGAUUUUGAGUGAAUUUCCGAGAUAUGAUAUCGAAGUUCAAAAAAGAGUGGUAACUGCUACAAUGGGAUUGCAUAAUUUUAUCAGAAUUUCAAAUUAUUUUGAUGAAGAUUUUGUUGAAGAAAUGGGACAUACAAAUACCAGCAACGAAGAUUCUGAAAGUGAUAUAAGUGACAUGGAGACAACAAAUAUGGCUGAUGGAAAUCAUAUGACAAACAUUAGAGACAACAUUGCUGAUAUGUUAUGGGCAAAUCAUUAAAUUAUUUUACCUUUGUUUAUGUAUUU